AUGGCUGCGAACGGUGAGUGGCCUGACGCGUUGAGUGACAAGAUGCGCUCUGUGCUCGUGGAGAAGCUCGGAUGGUCCAAAGCAACGACGCUUCAGGCACAGAUCAUCGAUCUUGGUCUCAAUGAUGGUAAUGUGAACAUUUGCGCCAACAAAGCGGUGUAUUCCGCAGGCCGUACCACUGGCGCUCUCAUAGUCAUUGCCCAUCGUGUGCUGAGUGAUGUUCGCAAUGGCCUUUUGCCAUUCGCAAAUCCAACCUCGAUCACUGCGGCAGACGGUCGGCCAUCUCCCUACACUCCAUACGCUCUUAUCCUUGUGCACACGCGCGACCUCACUCGUCACAUCAACACCACGCUGCGCACACUGCUCGACGAUAAGGAAGAGCUCCUCGAAGUCCUGCACGAAGAGAUCACCAGAGCUGAUGAGGAGAAAAUGAGCGGCAAAUUUUGCGUCGCGACUCCUCGCGGGCUAAUGCGAGCUGUCGAGAGAGGGGUGGUCUCGGGGUCGCAGCUCAAGUAUGUCUUCGUAGACGACUCUGGCAGCAUGUUGAAUACAAACAAAUUCGACGAUCUCCUUCAAGCUGGGCUGUGGCCUCUUGUCGGUGACGCCCAAAGCUUGCACGAAGCUGAGAUGCGCUUCAUGAUAUGUACGAUGGGAGAAGCAACCGAAGCUCUCAGAGACACUGUCACCACGCACAUGAUUCCCUAUCAGUGUCUUCGUCUCGCGCAAACCGUCAACGUGCAACAUGCACUGCGCCGAAUCAAUUUCCAUUUCGACCAUGUGCCGCCAAACACGAAGGGCUCCGCUACCUUGAAGCGAUUCUUUGACCAGUGGAUGGCGACCGGCCCAUUCAGCGACCACGGCAAUAAGAAACUGGUCAUAUACGUCGCCAACAACAAUCAGGUCGACAGCGUCGCAUGGGAGCUGAAACAGCUUCUACAGGAGCAUAAGAACAGCAAGAACUAUGCAGCAACUUUUGUGGCUAGAAUGUAUGGCGUCCUAGUGUCUGGCACGGAGGAGGGCAAAUCACCUCGCGACAAUGGGUUCAGGAAGUUCCAAGAUCCAGACAACCCGUGCUGUACCCUAGUCGCAACCUACAUGUCGUCGGCCAUCCAAUUCGUGAACAACCCGAACAUCUGCUGCCUAGAGCUGCCUAUCACGACACAAGAGGAACCUGGUACGGCAAGAGUGCAGAAGUGGUUUCGUGCCGUGUCGCGAGCGGGCACAGGAGAGAAGAAUGGAGAAGUCUGGACGAUGUUGAGGACCUGGGAGCGACAAGUACCAUAUGAUAACGGACACAUCGAGAUUGAUGACAAGACUGUGGUCUCCAAGAUCGUUGAGCAAAUGGAAGAAUUGCAGAUUCCGGUCCCGCAAGACCUGACCGAGGGCCCAGAUCUUGAGCCUCUCCCUCCAUCUCGAGCCUAUCAAACAGAUCGUGGUCCCGCUUCAGUGCCUGCGUUCAUGGCCCCUAUUGUCGCUCGUGCACAUGCAUCCGCAAAUCGCGGGUCAAAUGUCAGCCAAUCGCCGGUGGCAAGUGCAGCUUCUCAGUCUCAACUUCCAGCUCUCCAGGGUGCUCCGAUUGGUAGAGUAGCAGCUUAG